ACCAUAUAUUCGACAGAAUAAUUGUCGAAUAAGUUUUCUGUCGAUUAUGCGCCAAAAAAUCGAUUAUCAUCGACAAUUAACUUUAUUCGACAGUGAUGGUGUCGAAUAUGGCCUUUUAUUCGACAACCACUUGGCUGUCGAAUAUGUUUUUGUCGAUUUUGCCCAGUUUUCUAGUAGUGGUUUUACUUCCAGUCCACAUGAUAUAGCUUUGUUCAUUCGUAAGACUGAUCGGGGUAUGGUUCUUUUACUUUUUUAUGUUGACGACAUGAUUAUUACUAGAGAUGAUGUCGCAGGUGUUGAGGAGCUAAAACAAUCUCUCAAUCAAAAAUUUGAGAUGAAAGAUCUUGGUGUUCUGAGCUAUUUCCUUGGGCUUGAAGUCACCUCUUCAAAUGAUGGCUGCCUGCUUUCUCAAGUAAAGUAUGCCUCCGAUCUUGUUUCUAAAACUAAACUCAAUGAUAGUAAGAGUGUUUCUACACCUCUUGAACCUAAUGUCAAGCUUACACCUAUGGAUGACUCUCUACUUUCUGAUCCUACUCGUUAUCGGCAAUUGGUUGGUAGUCUAGUUUAUCUUACCACGACAUGCCUUGAUAUAGCAUAUGCAGUUCACAUUGUUAGUCAGUUUACGGUUGCUCCUCGCUCCACUCAUUAUGUAGCGGUACUUCGCAUUAUUUGCUAUGUUAAGGGAACGUUAUUUCAUGGACUCCAUUUUUUUGCCAACUCCUCUCUUGUGUUUCGUGCUUACUUUGAUGCUAAUUGGGUUGGUGAUCCUUCUGAUCGUCGAUCUACCACUAGCUAUUGUUUUUUCCUUGGUAAUUCUCUUAUCUCUUGGCAGAGUAAGAAACAAACUAUUCCAUCUGGCUCUAGUACUGAAGCUGCGUAUAGAGCUCUUGGUGAUACCACAUCAGAACUCCUUUCAUUACGGUGGCUUCUUGAAGAUAUGGGUAUUCCUCAACCUUCUUCUACUGAUUUAUAUUGUGAUGAUCAAAGUGCUAUGCAGAUUGCUCAUAAUGAUAUCUUCCAUGAACGUACUAAACACAUUGAAGUUGAUUAUCACUUUGUUCGCCACCAUGUUGCACAAGGAACUGUUUAUUUGGUUUUUAUUAGCUCCACUGAUGAACCAGCAGACCUCUUUACCAAGACUCAUUUUCCUAGACGCUUUCAUACGCUUCUUUCCAAACUCAAGUUGGUUUCAUCACAAUCACCUUGAGUUUGAAAGGGAUGUUAAAAUAUGGACA